AUUCUAGCAUACCAUUCUACGAAAGAAGCCGUCAUUUGAUUGAAACGACAGCGUGUUUGCAAAUAAGUCAGAAACAGGCAGAAAUUUAUAUAAUUCUGGUGUGAUUUUAAAGACUCACAAAUCUUACGUAUUGUUUCAGAAACAUUUACCAGCAACAUUUUAAAAUAAGUAAUAAAAGGACGGAACACGAUUUAAAAUGACUAGCAAAGUGGCGAGAACGCAGCCGUACCGUGUUGGCGAGUCAAUUUCAAAAGCAAAAAUGUUGCCAAGACCAAGAACCCUUACAGAACUGGUCGCCGGGCUGCAUCAUAUCUUCGAAGACAACGAUAUCGAAGUCGAGGACGUAAAAAAUUAUUUAUCUUCGUAUGUCGCGAAAGACGAGGAGUGGAAACAUCUUGCAAAGUUUGAUCCACACAGAUACACCAGGAAUUUAAUCGACGAAGGAAAUGGAAAGUUUAACCUGAUAUUGAUUUGUUGGGGUGGCGGCCAACGAAGUUGUAUUCACGACCAUUCCGACGCCCACUGUUUCAUGAAGGUCUUGCAAGGCGAUCUGAUCGAGACGAAAUUUGAAUGGCCCGAAAAUGACCAAGCGCCAAUGACACCAUGCGGUAAUGAGUAUGUUCACAGAGAUGAGGUGGCCUACAUUAAUGACUCCAUUGGUCUUCACCGUGUUGGCAACUCUUCUGAGUCCCCAGCAUGUAGUCUCCACCUCUAUUCCCCACCAUUUCAAGACUGCCAGACCUUCGAUCAAAAAAGCGGUCACAAAGUGCGCUGUCACGUCACAUUCCACACAAAAUUUGGCGAAAAAGUUUGUUACGGAAGAAACGAAUGCGCUGAAAACUGAAAACUUUUUACCCUAUUGAGCAAGUUUUUCCUUCAGUUUUUUUUAUACUAUAUAUAUGUGUGUGUUUUUUCCUGCUUUCUGCAUAGGACUAUAGUGCUGUCCAAACGUUCAUUUUUGCCUCAGAGACAUAUUUGUGUUGUGUAUAUGUGCUUAUUGUUUAAAGAAAAGUUUUUAAUAUGCGCAAAAUCUUGUAUCCGAGUUUUAGAUUUUUACUAAACCUAUUAAAACGUAAACCAUUUUUCAUUUAUGUAAAACGCUGAAGUAGUACUAAAUAACGGCAUUAAAAACGCAAUGAAAAAAUUAAGAAAACUAGUCACAUAUAUGCAUUGUUGCUGCCAGGCAUACUCUCAAUAGACCUUUUCUGGCAAUUUAUUACUUUGCUUAUCAAGGUUAAAUUUGUUUGUGGUACAUUGUUAUUAAUGAUCCCGUAAACUAUUUUUCAUUUUUCUCUAGUAACGCAAUAGAAUUUUGCUACAUAGUA